CUCUCCAGCGGGCUUCAACUCUUCCGCUUUCCACCGCUCCUUUCAUAAAGCAUGCUUUUCAUUCCUGGAGCUUUUUUUGUUUUUGUUUUUUUGAGAAAAACAUGAACGAGAUCAAGAUUGCGGUGCUCGGAAGUGAAGGAGUCGGAAAGUCAGCCCUCAUCGUGCAGUUCUUCACGAAACGCUUUAUUGGAGAAUAUGCAUCAUCUUCAGAUCCGUUCAUGUGGCGCAUGCAGCAGACACGGCUUCAAACACAAAUACCAACCAAUGACGUAUGUGCUGCUUAUCAGAACCGAAUGCUGGAUGCCGAGUCGCUUAUAUUCGUGGUGGGCAACAAGCACGACCUGCGCCACAUGCGGGAGGUGCGCCGCGAAGAAGGCCAGCGCCUGGCGGCCGAAUUCCGCUGCCAAUUCCACGAGCUGUCGGCGGCCGAGCGCCACCGAGAGGUGGCGCUCAUAUUCUCAAAGGCGGUGCAGAGCGCCGGCAGCAAGGGGAAGGAGCGCAGGAGACGCCCGAGCGGUUCCAAGUCUGUGGCCAAACUCAUCAACAAUGUUUUUGGCAAGAGGAGGAAAUCGGUGUGAGGCGUUGUAACAAGGACGACUGUCAAUCAAGACCUCCUCGUUGUGGUAUCUUUUGAAUCUAUUGGUCACUUCAACUAGCAAUGGCGUGCAUGUCUGAAAAUGUGAUACAGUGAACCCCCCCUAUAUCAUGGGGGAUACGUUCGAGACACACCGCUAACAGGUGAAAAUCUGUGAUAUAGAGAGACCAUGUAAAAAUAUUUGAUAGCUGUACCCCUCCCAUAGGCUUUAAACACCUUUAAGCUUAUUA